AUGACGGACUUAAACGAUUAUGAAAUUGAGUAUUUUCAAGCAUUAACUAGCUGGGAAGAUCGACAAGACGUGCUUGAUUAUUUACGUAUGUACGAUGGGGAUGUUUAUUUUGCUACCGAAGCAUAUUUAACCGAACCUGAAUACAUUGAGUAUCAUCAACCAAAUAAGCCUACUUUACAUCGAACGAAUUCACUAGAAGUAGGAUCCAGAUAUAAAUCAUUGGAUGAAGAUCAAACAGACGACAACAUAUUUUCUGAAAGUCAUCAACAACAAUCACCAAAUCGUUCAUUGGUUAAAUCAAUGCCUUAUUCACUUACUUCAUUAAGUCAUCCGCAAAUAGCAAACAAUAUCAAUGGACUUAUGGCUACAUCAUAUACAGACUCUGCUGAUAAACUUGUAGAUCAAUUAUUUAGAUUAAAUGGAAGUAAAACAUGUCCAAUGUUUCCUGAUAUCAAUCAAUUUGAAAAUAGUUAG